GGAUCACGUGACCGAAAAUGAAAUGCUGUAUUUUAGUUGAAAUGUUGACAUUGUGAAGCUGAUGUCGCAGUGUGUAUAUAAUAUACCCUAUUGCUAUUGACAUUUCUUUUAAUUAACCAAGAGAGGACUGAGGCUGGAGGUGAAGUAGUUUGCCUGUAUCUGAAACAGAGUCAUGGAGUUUCCAGAUCACAGUCGCCGUAUCCUGCACAGUUUACGUGACCAGCAGUUGCAAGGUUUUCUGUGCGAUUGCCAAGUGAUAGUUGGUACUGCCCACUUUCUGGCUCACCGCUCUGUCCUGGCCUCUUGCAGCCCCUUUUUUCACAUGUCAUGCAGGGAGCAUCCAGAUACACGGGACCUCACCCUAAAUAGCCAGAUUGUUACAGCACCAGCAUUUUCUCUGCUUCUUAAUUUUAUGUACUGUGGCCGACUCAGCUUCCAGGAGGCACCAGCUGAGGAUGUUCUGGCAGCCGCCAGCUACCUUCACAUGGAUGAGGUUGUUAGGGUCUGCAAAAAGAGGUUGCAGGGCCGAGCACCAGCAGAAGCAGACAGCACACGACGAGAAGAGGAGAGUUCCACGGCCUACCAUUUAGCAGAAAGUGAAGAUGUAAAGAUGGGACAACACGGUAUGGAGUGUGGGCAGAGUGGAACAAGGAAUCUGAGAUGCCAAGGUGAAGAAGCAGAAGGAAGUGAGCAGAAAGUACCAGGAAAUGUAGUGUUCCAGAUGCAGGAAGGAGCAGGGAGUUCUAGGUUCCACAGACAAGAGGCUGUAGGGACAGGACAGAGAGUGGCAGGGAGUUUAAGUUAUCAGGCCCAAGAGCUGUCAGGAAAUGGGCAGAGAAUAGCAGUGAGUUCCAGGACGGAGUCAUUUACAAUGGUAGAAGGUGGACAAGAAGUGGCAGGAAGUUCUGGGUUUGAUAUACAGGAGGGAACAGGCAGUGGACAUUCAGUUGUAGGUAGUGCAAGAGGCCAUGGGCAGCAAUUAACAGUAAGUCAUCAGGAGGUGGCAGGGACCUCAAGGUUUGAGGUACAAAAAAGAACAGAGAAUGAGCAGCCAGUCCCAGAGAGUAUAAAAUAUCAACAGCAGGAUGCUCCACAAAGUACAGUCACACCACCCACUCACAGAUAUCCUACAGAAAACCAGGAUACUUGUGCCAAUGCACAGGCAGCACCCUCUAGAAACUCUCCAAAGAGGCAAGAACCAGCAGGAAGCACACAGGGCCCGAUGGGAGGUUCUAGGUAUUCUCUUCAGUCUCAAGAAUCUGUACACAUUAACAACCAAGUGCUGUCAUUGCCUAGAUUGUCUCUGGAAAAUCAGACAGAAGCAGGGACAACUUUGUCCGUUUCAGGGAGCUUCAGAUAUUCCAUGCAAACAUCAGAGCCCACUGUUAGCACAAUGGCAACACCAGGAACGUCCAGGUACUGUGUACAGAGUCCACAGUUUGCAGGGAAUACAACAGUGCAACCCGGUACGUCUAGAAUAUCCUUGCAGACACAAGAACCAACUGGUAGCAUGCAGUUGGCUCCAGCUCGCCCCAGAUACACUUCUCAAGUUCAGGAGCCUACAGGCAGCAUUAGUACAGCCCCAGGCCUUUCCAGAUACUUUUUACAAAGCUCUGAGUCAGCUGGCACCACACAGGCAGUAGCAGGUACAUCCAGAUAUUCCUUGCCAACCUCUGGUUCUCUUGCUGAAAAGCAGAGAGAAGAGGGUGAUUGUGCCAAGUCAGAGCUGGCAGUGACCACCACAACACAGCCUGGUAUGGAGACUGCAGCUGCUUCAAGCCCAUGCAGCUCCACUGGUAGUGAAGUGCACCCAGCAUCAGGUGUUACAGUGAAGGUAGAGGCCAUUGUGAUAUCUGACGAGGAAUGUGAACGAGGACCUGGCUCUUUUAAACGGCAUGAUUUUGAGGAGGAGGAAGGAGAGGAGGAAUCUAGCUACUUGCCUUAUCACAUGAUUGCAGUUCCAGGUGGACAUCAUCCUGGUUACGGAACCCUCCUGCCACAAUCCAUCCACGCAGAGACCAUGUAUUUACAGGAUUUUGAAGGACAUCCUGGUUUUCCCCUAUUCCCAGAGGAUGUUCCCACCUGCAAAACAUGCGGCAAAACGUUUUCUUGCUCCUACACACUCAGACGACAUGCCACUGUACAUACCAGAGAACGUCCCUAUGAGUGCCGUUAUUGUUUACGCAGCUACACCCAAAGCGGGGACUUAUACAGGCACAUCCGUAAGGCACAUAGCCAGCUUGAACCAAGUCUCAAGAAACCAAAGGGGGAAAUGGAGCCAGCACCCCCAAACUUGCCUUGAAGACUGUAUAAGGCUUGGCAUCUUCAACUAUAAAUGGUAACUGGGCACAUGGGGAUGGCUUCUGUUCAAUGAAACAAGCCCUGAAUAUGGCCAUUUGAGAGAUAAUAACCUUCAGACUGUAUGUCAGAUACAAGCAUAUUUGACUAUUGUAAUUUAUUCAUUAUGUUUUUCUUUGCACAAAUGUUUUGUUCCCAAUGUUACAAAUCAUUACAGAAGAAGGAAUGCCAUUUCAUUUCAUUGAGAUUACAAACAGGAGUCUUUUUUGUUGGUCUCUAGUUUUUAUAAAAAUGGGUGCUGCUGGCUCCCUGAAGCACCAUAUAAAUCUUUGGGAUGGUAAGCAGAAGUAUACAGUCAGUAGUAUGACUGUGUGUCUUUAAGCUGUGUCUCAUAAGGAGUAGAUUGAGAGUUACACAUUUAAAUAAAUGAUGGCAUAGAAUAUUCUAGAUAUUUGUUACAUUAUUCUAACACCGUAAACUAAGAGCACUAUUAUAUUCUUUAUACAAAUAGGCUGUGUGGUUGUUUCUGUUUAGCUCCUGGUGGCAAUUUUCUUUCCGUUUCUUAGAUUUUUGAGGGUUGUGAGAUGUACUGGUCAUGGCUUUCAGCUAAGGUCUGACAGAUUACAGUGUCACAUGGAAUACACAUUGAAAAAAUUCCACCCUCAAAACUUAAAAGAACAGAAAGAAGGCCAUCUCCAUGCUGAGCUAAAAGAUUCAUACAGUUUUGACUUAACUGCACAACCGAGGAGUCCAGUUCUUUAUAUUAUCAGUAUCACUUUACCGUAAUCGUGUUCAAACCGUGGCUCUCCAGAUGUUGCUUGGUUACAACGUCCAGCAUUGCUCAAUAAACAAAGGAAGUUUUAUGGAUGCUGGGAGUUCUAGUCCAACAAGAGCUGCAGGUUGGACAUUUUGUUCAAUUUGUAUUCUGUGCUAAACUGUUAUAUACAAUCCUGGCCUUUUGAUA